GUUCAUUUGGGAUGCGGAGGCGAGUUUCAAUCAAACCCAGACCGCGCUGCCGCCAUCACGCGUUCGAAAUUUAAAUUUUUGAAUUCGAAUACGGAAUGUUUUAGUUUUUGUUUUGUGAAUUUCGCGUUUGGUUUUUAUUUUAAUUUGUGUUUUUUUUAAUACGUGACAGUGUUUUGAUACUGGCUUGAAGAUGAGAACACCAAUGCUCUCAGCACUGCUGCUGCUGCUAUUCGCCAGCCAGGCGUGGUCCUACAAUGUGCUGUGCAUCUUCCCCACGCCUUCGAAGAGCCACAACCACCUCGGGAAGGGCAUCGUGGACGCCUUACUGGAUGCUGGUCACCAGGUAACAUGGGGCACCCCAUUCCCGUCGAAGACGUCGAAUAAGAAUCUCAGGAUGAUAGAUUUGAGCAGCACGGUGGCCCUAUCUGCAGACAUCGACAUGACCCAGCCGCGCUUCAGGAACGCAGGCCCCGACUUCCUGAAGUCCUUCGCUCGGAACAUCUCCAUCUCUGCUCUGAGCAGCCAGGAGUUGCGGGAUGCUCUCACCAAGCAGCAGUUUGAUGCCGUCGUGACGGAGUGGUUCUUCUCUGACUACGACUGUGGCUACGCAGCAGUCCAGCAAGCUCCCUGGAUCCUCCUCAGUGGGAUGACGAUGCAUCCUCAUCUCGAGAUGUUGGUGGACGAAGUCCGCUCCAUCCAGACCCAUCCGCUGUUGUUCAACGAUUUCCCAGUGCCGAUGACGCUGUGGCAAAGGAUGAUUAACAGCUUCAUAUUUGGGAUGAUGACCAUCAGCAACUGGCGAGACCAGCCCGACAACGAUGCCUACUACCAGUCCGCGUUCGGUCCUCUAGCGAAGGCCCGAGGGCUCUCCCUCCCAGCGUAUCAGGAUGCCCUGCACAACGUGUCCAUCCUCUUCGUCAAUACAGACCCGGCUGUUGACAGGCCUAGGAGUGUUCCUGCCAAUGUCAUUUCGAUUGCUGGAUACCAUAUAGAUGCUAACCCUGGACCUUUGCCUAAGGACCUCCAAACAAUCCUGGACUCCUCCUCCAAAGGCGUGAUCUACUUCAGCAUGGGCUCCGUACUGAAGUCUUCGGCCUUCCCCGAGCACCUCAUCGCUGAUCUCCUUAAGUUGUUCGGGGAACUUCCGUACACUGUGCUCUGGAAGUUCGAGAAGGAACUGGCUGGUGCGCCGAAGAAUGUCCACGUUAGAGCUUGGUUCCCACAAGCUAGUAUUCUUGCCCACCCCAACGUAAAACUGUUCAUCACCCACGGCGGCCUCCUCAGCACGCUAGAGGCAGCCAACGCCGGGGUCCCCAUACUAGCUGUGCCGAUGUUUGGAGAUCAGCCGAGCAACGCGGCUAGAUCCGUCCGAGCUGGAGUCGCUAGGAAGGUGGACUUCUCGCAUCAUAUGGCAGAGGAAUUGAAGAAAGAACUCAAUGAGAUGCUGAGCAAUGAUAGCUACCUGAAGACGGCGCAGUCCGUGUCGAGGUUGUUCCGCAAGCGACCAGUGGCGCCCUCUAAGCUGAUAUCGCAUUACGUCGAAGUGGCGAUUGAAAGUAAAGGUGCCUACCACCUUCGUUCGCCUUCAAAACUGUACGCGUGGUACGAGCGAUACAUGCUGGACCAACUCGCGAUCGUCGGCGCCAUCUUGUACUUAAUUGUCAAAUUGAUAAUGACAGCUGUCAAUGUCAUUAAACGCAAAGUUUCUGGCGGGAAAAAACAGAAGAGGAGCUGAUUUUGUGUUGUGAUUUUAUGGACUGUUAUCAAAUUAGUACAAUUUGUAUACGAGUGGAUGUUAAAGUGUGAAGAAAAAGUUUUUAAUUCAGUUGGUGAUCAACAAAAGUUGUAGGUAGUACAGAAUGUCUUCUUGAGAUUAUGCUCAUUAUUUAGUUAAUAAGUAAAAUUA